AUGUUUAAAAAGAUAAAUAAUGUUUCUACUACUAGAUCCAAAUCAUACGCACUCAAAUUUUCUCCAAUAAUAAUACGUCAAUUACAUUCUUCAAUACUAUUACAACAAGCGACUACCCAGAAGAAAUCACCGAAAUCAUUUGAUACACCUAAACCAAAUAUAAAAUAUGAUUCAAUUACAGAUUAUCAAAGUUAUAAACUGAAUAAUAUUUAUUCUCAUAGAUUACCUGAAUCCACUGCUCAACAAUCACCACCAUUAAUUGCAUUACAUUCAAGAUUAAAUUUACCAAAAAAUUAUUCAUUAUCCACAUUAUCACAAGCAUUAAAUUUAAUAGAAGAAGAAGAAGGUGAAGGAUUAGUAAAUAAUUAUAGUUUAAACAAAUUGGGAACUACAUUAUUAAAUUAUUUUAUUAAUGAAUUUUAUAUGAUAAAUUAUCCAAGAUUACCUAGUGAAAUUCAUAAUAUGGCAUGUAAAUCACUAAUUGGAGUUGAAUCAUUACUGUCAAUAGGUAAAUCAUGGGGUAUUGAAAUUGAUGAAAUAACUAAAUUGGAUAGAUUUUUAGGUCAAGAAAAUGAAUUUAUGAAAUAUGGUAGAUUAAGAUUUAAUAAUAAUAAAGAAAAUAAAGUGAAAAUUGAUGGGUUAACAGAAGUUGUUGAUUCAAGAGGUAGAUUUAAACAAGAAGAUUUUGCUUAUGCAUAUGCUGUAAGAUCAAUAAUUGGUGGUUUAUAUACUCAUUGUGGUGAAGAAUCAGUCAAACAAUUUAUAAAUGAUCAUAUUUUAUCAAGAAAAGUAAAAUUAGAUUCCAUGUUUGAAUUCAAAAAACCAAGUGUUGAAUUAAUUAAUUUAUGUAACAAACUUAAUUUUAAAGAACCAGUUACUAUCAAAUUAAUUGCUGAAACUGGUAGAUUAUCUCAUCAACCACAAUUUUUAGCCGGAGUUUUCGUUGGAAAUGAAAAAAUUGGUGAAGGUAUUGGAUCAUCAUUAAAAGAAGCACAAACUAGAUCAUGUGUAAAUUCAUUAUUAAGUUAUUAUUUAUAUUCACCAAUUAAUGAAAAUGGAGAUCAAGUAAAUUUACCAAGUGAUGAUAAAAGAACAAGUUAUAAAUUUGAAAGUUUAAUAGAUGGAGGUGAUGUAUGA